GGAGAUCGCGCUGCACGUGAUUGGAUGAUGACGUCAAAAGCCGGUGCCUCUAAAGUGAAGUGACCUUCUAGCCGACCGCCAGAAGCUGCUCAUCGGACGCGACCAGCCAUUCAAACCCGCACAGGAGGGAGGAUAGCUCCGCUUAUACUAAUCAAAAGCUGACUAUGGGAGACAUUGCCAAGGGAAAGAAGACUUUCGUUCAGAAGUGUGCCCAGUGCCACACAGUAGAGGAGGGAGGCAAGCACAAGGUGGGCCCCAACCUCUGGGGUCUGUUCGGUCGUAAGACUGGACAGGCGGAGGGCUAUUCGUACACAGACGCCAACAAGAGUAAAGGUAUUGUGUGGAAUGAUGGUACCUUGAUGGAGUACCUGGAGAAUCCAAAGAAGUACAUCCCUGGAACCAAAAUGAUCUUUGCUGGCAUCAAGAAGAAGGGGGAGCGUGCAGACCUUGUUGCAUACCUGAAAUCGGCGACAUCAUGAGCUAAUCAUCAAAAUCAGAAUAUUUAAUGUCAUUUUAUUGUAUUUUUUGUUUUAUUUUUAGGCAUUGACAUGCUUAAUAUAGUUUUCUGUUUAGUCAUUUUUACACAUGGCUAAUUUAUGCUGUGUUUGGUUAGAAAAGUGGCACUUUUUUGAUAAAGCAAGUGUUGCUUUCUUUAUAAGUCCUAUUACGAACAACCCUUAAAGUGACUAAACAUAAAACUACCAUGUGUUCGUUUUUUUUGCUGAGCUGUACUUUGACUCUAAUAAGACGAACAAAAUAAUAAUUAUUUAAAAAUGUCUAGACAUGAUAGGUUUCCUGUUCUUUUUUCAUGAAAACACUACUUUGUUACUUUUCUGUCUGCAGAGCCAUGCUUCAGUUGCUUUUUUAAAAGCAUCACUUUUUCACUAUCAGUCACAUAACAGUGAUACAGGGUGGAAAAUGAGGACAUUUGGUGGCUGAUGGAUGCUUUUUCUCAAUCAAACACCAGCUUUCAUGCCAACUGGAGUUUCAGGCCUUAAAGGGGCGAUGCUGCAGUUUUAACUCUCUGCAGUCCCUUUUGUCUAUCCUUAUUUAUUGAUGUUAAGAAACUACCACUUGACAUGAAUGCUCUACAGAUCCCACUAGAUUAAUACUUGUUCUGUAAAAUGUUUAAAAUCCCCUUAUUGCAUUUUAGGACCCCCAAACUGAGCCUGGCUUGUAAGGUUACUGAAGCAGCCCCUUUGAGCCUCUGUUCCCGGCCCCUGCCUGCCAUCACACUCUGUGUGAGUUUUUAAAAAUUUUCCAAGGGUCACACACUGUAUCUGCCUCUGCACAGCUAAGAAUUGUGGUACUUAUCCUGCCUAUCAUUGCUGCAGAGCAGCUGUAUUAUAAACUUCAAGAGGGCACCAUCUUGAGUGAGGAAUGAUGUUAUUUACCUGGUUUCACAGGCCUGAGAGAAAUGUUGUUUUAACUUAUUUUACUGUAACCUGAGAGACUAACACAUAUUUUGAAGGGGCUGCUUGCUGUCUUUGUGUACAGCAAUGUACUGUAUGCACAGAAACAAUAUAACAUGGUAGCUAUGUUGUGUAGUUGUGGACAGGAUGGAUGAAGGAUCAAAUAAAAAAGAACAUCUGAAAUGUGAA